AUGCAAGCAAUUAUAGGGCCACGACAGUCAGAAAGGCGGCAUGAGCCCAAGCCUCAGGACCUUAGGUCUUUUAUAGAACUUCUGGUUACGUCAUUUGCCGAUGAAAUUGGUUAUUCUCCGCUCAAGACUACCAGCAACGAUGCUCUAUGGAAGGCUUUGCGUACAUACGCGGACAACACAGGUGUCCCUUCUGAGGAGGGGACCCAUUCUUGGCUGAUGUUCAAAGUUGGAUAUGUAUACCCAGUUGUCUGUUUCCCUCAUCACCCGUUUGAGGUCCAGGUAUAUAUCGGGAUCUACUCAUGGCUCGGUCUUCUCCUUGAUGACCAAGCCCCUGAAUAUCUUGAGGAGUUCUCGAUGUUUCAUGAACGGAAGCUGGCCUUCAAGUAUUGGGACCCGCCUGUUGCCAACUUUAUUGUCACUGCAUCUCUGAACUUCCUAAACUCCAACGCUCUCGAGGCUCGAAAAGAGUUUCAUCAGAUAGAGCGCACAAAAGCAGGUCGAAGCUGGGCAUGGUUCCUUCGAGAGAAAGAUGGUGUAGGAGAGGCAUAUUCUUGGUUCACAUUCCCGAAGGCACUUUGUCCUGACAUAUCACUCUUCUUGGAGGUGGUACCAGACAUUUCAAUGUGGAUUGGUCUUACCAACGAUGUGUUGUCGUUCUAUAAAGAGAAGAAAGCAGGAGAAACUCAUAACUACAUCCAUAAUAGGGGAUGGUAUGAAGAUAAAAACCCUCAAUCCGUCUUCGAAGAGAUUGUAGAUGAGAUAACGACUAAAGCCCGAGCAAUGCGGCUUGUACUGAAAGGUCGAGAGCCGUACCUCAAACUCUUGAACUCUCAACUUCUUGGAUAUAUCGCAUUCCACAAACUGAACAGUCGUUACAGUCUAUGGGAAGUUGGUCUGGGAGAAGAUGCUACGGAUCGAACCGCGCUGGGGCCUUAG